GUGAAGGUGGCAGCAAUAUCACAUCCCAAGUCACCAGCAUCAAUAUGCAGACCGGAAACGGAAGCGCGGUGAAUCUUGGGAACUCUUUUGUCGAUUUUGAAAUACCCGUGACACUAGAGUUUCAGGAGACAGAGGCCGAUAUGGAAAAUAUCACAGCGCAAAAGGGAAUUUCUCAGACGAUUGAAAUAUCCGAUGGGUCGCAAAAUUUGUUCCAGGUUAUCCGACCUCCCUCGGAUCGGACGACGUAUUUCUAUGGCAGGCGUGAUGGGGAGGCAACCAACAGCUCGUACGAUUUCAGAGUCGCGAUUAAUGGCGCAUCGUCAUCCCGCAAAAAGAGAUCUACAACGGCAUCAAGUCAACCAGAUGUCAAUAGCACCAUCACUGUAGACGUGUCACAGGAUAGCAACGGGGAGUUGUCGUUGUACGUUCCUGCCGAGGGCCUUGACGGAGCGUCCUCGUUUAAUCUGCUCAUUCUUGCUGAUGGCGUUGGCAGUGCCAAUGGAAGCAGUCAAAAGUUGACGAUGAAGUCGACGGUGAUCAACCCCCGUUUUUACAACGCGGCCACGAAAUCUUGGAACUCCUCUUCCGGGUUACAGGACCUUAUAGCCUCUUUUUGA